AUGCCUCCCUCGACAAAGCGCUCGAGAGCCCGGAAAGAACCCGUUAAUAGUCAUGUCGACAUCCCCGAUUCCUCCCCGUCGCGACCCGCAAAGAGAAGAAAGAAGGUUGAAGAACCCGAAAAGCCCAAGCUUCCCCUCGACCGGUCUGGUAUUCUAAUGCGCGAUGAUGAACUGGUAUCCGCCGUUGUCCCUGCUCUUAUGAUGCCGCCGCAUCUUGUACAGGCUAGUACAGACCAUGACAAUACGGUUUACGAAAAACAUAACAAGGACGGUGUCCAGGCCUAUGCUAAACUGGCAGGAAGGGACUGGACCUUCUACGUGAAGAGCUUGAAUAACAUUAUCGGCCGUCCACCGGAAGGUGUCAACCCUCAGCCCUCCCAUGGAGGUUCUCCAGACGUCGACGAAUGCGGUGCCUUGCCAGGUGAAUCCCCAGAGCGCGAUGGAGUUCAUGUUGAUCUCGGACCUAGCAAGAUGGUGUCUCGACGUCAUGCGACUAUUUAUUUCGAUUCAGACUCGGAGCGAUGGAAGAUACACGUUCAGGGCCGAAACGGAAUCCGUAUUAAUUUUAUUCCGUACCGGAAAGGCGACCAUCAAGCUCUUGUCAAUGGGCACGUUAUUGAGAUUGGGGGUGUUGAGAUGAUGUUCGUAUUGCCACAGGAAGAAGGAAGCCUCCAAAUCGAUAGGAAGUAUCUCGAGAGAGCAGGACUGGUCCAAGUCAUCGACGACGAUACUCAAGCACAUGAAACCGAUAACCAGACACCAUCAGCGAGACUCUCAGCACAAGGAUCGCGAGGCCAUAAUGGUACAGGCCCUUUGCCUAUUGCUCCUGCGCCGCCAGAUUAUCGACGCCCAGGAACCCCCGUCAGCGCUCGUACUAAGGCUCCAUUCUCGGUUGGAAAAUCCCCUGGUUAUGCUGGUGGAACUAUGCUUAUGAAUGGCGAUGAUGUGGACCUAUCCCUGGAUUCAAAUCAGCAUAUCAAGCCGUCUUACAGUUACGCUCAAAUGAUCAGUCAGGCAAUUCUUGACACAGAGGAUGAGAAGCUGAACUUGAGUGGGAUUUAUAACUACAUCAUGGAAAAGUAUGCCUACUAUAGGCAUCAACAUGGUGGAGGAUGGCAGAACUCAAUUCGGCAUAACCUGUCAUUAAAUAAAGCCUUCCACAAGGUUGCUCGGUCUACGGAUGAGCCUGGUAAGGGUAUGAAAUGGUGCAUUGUGCCUGAGGUCCGAGAUGAGAUGGCAAGGAACUGUGUCCGUGGUGGGCGAGGCGGCCACCGAGGAUCUUCUGCGCCUGGUUCACCAGCCAAUCUUGGUUACCUCACUCGUGCCUCGAGGGAUGGUGGUGAGCCCAGUUCUGCCUCGAAACUGAAGCGAUCGCCACGUUCCGGAUCACCCCCAUCGAGCUCCUACCCAGCCAAUGCCCCUCAAUUCACGCCUGAUCGUGGUGGUCGGUCUAUGCAAGAUCAUCUUCCUGGCGACGGUAGCCCGCUGCCGCGAAACCGAAGACCUCAUAGCAAUGCCUUUGGGCUCUCUGAUAACGUCCCAGGUUCCCCACCAGUUCUUUCCUCCUCAUAUUUACAAGAGGAUGGCAGCUCCUUCGUUACGCCAGCUCCCCUUCGUGUCCACCCCCGACUAGCUCCGCCUAGCACCGCUCAACGGCCGAGCCAGCAUAUGCCUACCAGCUCCCCGGCCCCUUUCUGGAAGUAUGCUGACAUCGGGACGACUCCUAUGAAGGGACCUGCUUUCGAUCUUAGCCCCACCAAAGGAGCAGCUUCUGGGAUCCCACCAAGCAGCAGUCCACCACCUGCACGUCGGUCUUCUGCAGCUAGCCCUACCCGGAACGGCAUGUCUGCUAGGCAAGAUGCUCCCAAACUCGAAGACCUUGACGAUGAGGAUCAGGGCUUUGAUUUGACAAGAGGAUUUCAAAGCAUUGGGUCUUAUCACGCGCCUGUUGGCAAUGGUAUUCCAGCCGCUCCUUUCGCUAGUGGCCGUUAG